AACAAAAAACAAUUCCCAAAUCAUACCCAGGCAAUAAAAAUUAAUUAAAAGCCAAAGAAGCCUUUUCAAUUUUUUAAAAAUGGCUUCUUUGUACAAACUCCCGAUUCUCGUUAUCCUCAUUUCGUCAAUCCUUUGUUUCUUCUCCUCAUGUAGCAUCAUUGUGCACGAAGACCUCUUAACGAAAGCUUGUACAGACACCGACAAGAUUAAGAUAUGUACCGAAAUUCUUAAAAAUGACAAGGCUGUCACAGCAGCAGCGACGAAAGAAUUGGACCUCGGAUUAGCAAUCAUGAAAUCAACCUUAGCCCAUACAAAGGAAACACAUGACUAUCUAUUGAAAAAAAAAAGGGUAAAUCCUGCAUACACCGACUGUGAAAAGGGAUGGUUCAGUAUGGUUGAUAAUCUUAAGAAUAUUUUAGAACGUACGACGAAGAACAAAGGGUAUAAGGAAGAUACAGAUGACUACGACUUUAAGGUUGUUGGAGAUGCUAUCGGAGUAUGUGGAAGUGGUUUAACAAGGAAGAAGAUUGUAGAUCCUGAGCUUACUAGAAGAGGAGAUAUUGUAAGAACAUUAAUUUCUGCUGCAGAUAAACCAUUGACCGAUCUAAGAAGAAAGACCCAAAAUCGGACUUAAAUAAAUGAAAUUACUAAGAAUGCGCUAUCCACUUCAUUAAUUCAAAUUUCGCAUUUUCAAUUUCUCCUAAAUAACUAUGUAGAAGAAGAAAAGGUCAUUUCGAUUCUAUUAUUCCUAAAUUUUUCAUUCUGUCAUCUCCCAUCGUCUAGUAAAGUAUCAUUUUGUAUUGCCAUGAUUGUACCCCAUUGUUCAUCAUCUAGUUGGUAUAUUAUUGUACUAUUGUUUGUUGUA